AUGUGCUCGUCUGCAACAGUACGCGUGGCAGCUGCGCCGACGCGGCACCGCUUGCACGUGCUGCGCCAGCACCCCAGGGGGUGCUGGCUGCGCUCACGCCUCUCCAGGCGGCAGGGUGACGUCACGCGGCGCCCACGAAGCGCGUCGACCGCCCUCUGCACCGAAACGGCGCUUUCGGUCGGGGCCGCCAUCGUGCGCUGCCUCAUUAGAUCACAAGGGGACAUUUUCGGCGCCGGUUCGGGCCGCCCCGAGCUGGACUCCUCUGCGCAGGCAACCCGCUUUCUUCGUGUUGUGUGCGCAAACAACGGGACGGCAGCGCGCGGUGCAGGUGGCAGCACUGACAUAGACUGGCAGGCGCCGGUUGUUGUCAGUCGCCCGCUUCGGACGUACGACGGUGGCGCGUUCCCGCCUGCGCUGCGCUGGCCGUCUCAGCGUUCACAGUUUAUAAUGCACGAUAAAAUGGUCGACCUGGAAGCUUUAAUUGCAUUGGUUUACGAGAGGCCGGCAAUAUGGGACAGGGAGUCGAGAAACCACUCCAAGAGGCACGUUGUGGAAAAAUGCUGGGCUGAAAUCAGCAGUGAGAUGAAAACCGAUGAGACCGUGCUAAGAAAGAAAUGGAAGUAUCUGAGAGACCAGUUUGCAGUAGAACUUGGAAGAAAACCAGCAUCAAGAUGGCCUUAUUUACAUUUGUUAAUGUUUUUGGAGGACUUUGUGAAAGUUAGAAAGCCAGGGAAAGUGCGCCGCGUCUCGGUCUCGGAAUCAACUGAAUCUGCAGCAUCGACAUCUGAAGAGCUGACAGCAGAAGUCUGCAAGACCUGCAGGACGGAUGCAGAACCACGUGAUCUCAAAAUGUUGGCUUCAUCACCGCAGAGCGUAAGCGACGCUUCCCUAGAAGCUGAAAAAACAUGUUCAAGUAAUAAGCCGUUAUUACUUUCGUCCACGCAGUUGUCUGCUAGAGAGAAGAAAGGAAAGAACCGCCAACUAAAACAUUAUAAUAAAAGCGUUUUAGAGACAGAAAAAGAAAAACUCCAAUAUUCAUUGGCAAAAUACCACAAGAAAAGGCAUACAGAUGACCUCGACGACGACGGCGAUGACUGCGACGAACUGUUUUUGAAAAGUUUAAUGGUCCACAUUAAAAAAAUUCCAGAAUGUAAAAAAUUAUUGUUUAGGAAUAGGAUUAAUGAGGUAGUACAAGAGUUUGCUUAUCCAAAUCAACCAACAUCCCACAUAACAGAGUAGUGUCCUUCUACUCAUAUUCUACUAGUUGACUUGUAAUUAAUAAUUACAGUUUGUUGAGAUGUUUUCUUGUUACUUGGACACUUCCAUAAAUUCACUGGUAACUAUUUUAGUA